GCUAAGGCUACGAAAAUGUCAUGUGGGAAUCGAUUUUUUUCUCAUGACCUAUUGCAUUAUCUGAUUAGUCAAAUAUUUGACUAUUUCGUAAUGAAUCUAUAACGUAGAUAAGAAGUAGAUAUCUUUUAUCUGAUAAGAGAUACAAUUGCACAUAAAGGCAAGAUGACAGAUGACAUAUAGGUCGUGCAGUUAAGCACUGCUUGGUGUAGUAGGAAAAUGAAGAUUAAUUCAAAUAUAUUCUAAAUUUACUUCAAACCAUUAUAUAAUUGGAUUUAAAGUUCAAAUUGGCAGGUUAUUUUGCAUUGAACUAUUAGAAAAACAAAGCGAGUAGUAGAAAGAUGUAACCUGAAAAAUAAAAUUAUAGUUGUCAUUGUGAGUGCUCAUGUAAUUUUCAAACAUUUCCAUAUAUCUGAUAGCUUCUUAACUAAUAACAUGGACGCAGGAGGAGAUAGACUUUUGCACUCAUCAAACAUUGCUGUGAUCAGAGAGGUAUAUGAUAGUGAAUAUUCCCCCCAGUGUUUUUCUAUGGAAUUAGAGAAGGCCUUAGAAAGUCGUUGUUCAAUUAUAGUUAUCGAACCGAGUCAGCUAGGAGAUGAAACUGCUAGAUGGAUAACAUUUGGCAACUAUUUGCACAAGACUGCAGUUAUAUCUGGAAUAACGUCCAUUGUAUCAGGGUUUGCCUGGGCAGACAGUUUUACACCCCAAGCACCACUGAGUAUUUUCUCCUUGCUUUGUACAGGUCUCUAUACAGCUUCAUGGCAGUUUGACCACUGUGUAAAGUACCAAGUUGAACGAGACCCGCGGAAGCUAGCCAGGCUACCCAUCUUAGGGGCGCUGACAUCAGCAUCACCGGUAGUAUUAGUACGGAAGGACGACAUGCAUCGGAAGCUGUUGCAUUGUACAGUCUCGUUACUCUCCGCUAGUUUAUGUAUCUACCGACUGUAUCGUACCAUCAAGUAAUCUAUUACUAAAAAUGCAACAGUGAACACGCAAUAAUGAUAGCCGCAUUUUAGGGGGCAUUUAAUAGCUCAGUAGUACAAGGAAAGGACAAAAUUAUGAUGCUUAUUUUGUUGAUGGAAUCUGUUAGGGUUUACGAAGACUCCAGUUACGCAGAUUUUCGACUGCUAACUCUAAGAUUAUGAAGCAGUUUUGAACAAAUAGUAGUUUAGUAGAAUAUUGCAAAUUUUACAAACCAAACCAACUGCAAAACAAAACAAUUGAGGUGGUUUUUAAAAAUUAGACAAGUGGUGUCACUGUUAUAUUCCACAAAAUUUCAUCAGAUGUUUUCUACCAAAAAAAAGUUUUAUAUGUGAGGCACAUAGUAUAAUAAUGGUCUAAUAAUCCCUCUGAUGUUCCAGUAUUAUCCUGAAUGCAUGAUUAUAACAUUUUUACAGUGAACUAUAUUGAAUGCAAAUCUUUAGCAAAGCUUUAUACUGAUAGAUCUAGGUAGUUUGAUACCUUUUAUGUAUGCGAAUUUUCAAAAGAGGGUAUUUUUACCAUUAUUAUUCUGUGCCUCAUAUGUGAUCUAAGCAUACGCAUCUUGCGCGCAUGCUACACCUUCCAGUUCUGCUACACCAACUUGUGGAUAUCAACGAUCACAGUAUGUUUGCCAUCUUCACUUCUAAUCGUACUGCAACUUUAGUAGCAAAGUGUAUUUCUAAAGCUGACAAGUUUCUAUUCGUACUGUUAAUAUUUUCCUAUACAUAACACAUUCCAUGGUUAAAAUAGGUAUCACAUUUUACUGAUCCAACAAUUUUACUUAACUUACUUCUGAGCUAGACAGCAUGUAUUUGGUAUGGACGUGCUUUAGAGGUUGUUUUAUCAUCAAAAUUGGAGCAUAUAGCCAAUAUUAAUUAUAUUUGAUUAAACUGUUGUUUCAUAUGAUUGUUUUUGAUCAGGUGUCAUCUCUAGAGAUCUGUAGUAAAGUACAAAUACAAAGCCACAUGUAUAAUAUUGCAGUAUGAAUAUUGAUGGAUAUACAUACUUCAUCAUAAGAGUAGAAUGUUCUUCCUGUGAAAAAAAGGAAUAUUUAUGUAAACUAUUAAACUAUCCAGAUUUGUUAAAAAUUUUGUAUUUAUCUGCCUCUAUACCACCGAAAAUCUAUUGGUGUUCUAUACCCCAUUUUCUCUGAUUAUCUAUUAG